AUGGCAGAUCUAAAAGAAGGAGGAGUCGUGAAGAAAGGCCAUGAAGAAGGUCUGAAACUUGCAAACUCCAUUCUUGAAGAGUUUUGUCUUCCAUUGGGUCUCCUUCCUCUUGCUGAUGUGAUUGAAGCAGGGUUCGUGAAGAGCACUGGUUACAUGUGGAUUGUGCAGAGUAAAAAAGUCGAACACAAUUUCAAAUUGGUCAAAAAGAUGGUGAGUUAUGAUACUGAAAUUUCAGGGUUUGUGGAGAAGAAGAAGAUCAAGAAAUUGAAGGGUGUGAAAGCUAAGGAGUUGAUGUUGUGGCCACCGGUAAAUGACAUCACUGUUGAGGAUCCUCCCACCGGAAAGAUUGUGUUCAAGAGUCUCGCCGGAAUCACCAAGACUUUCCCGGAGGAAGCUUUUGCUGCCGGUCAGUAG